AUGGAACAAGAAAGCUUAUCACAUAUGCUUUUUACUUGUCCUUUUGCACAACAGGUAUGGUUUACCUCUCAGUUAUCUUUACGAAGUGAUUGUUUGUCAUUUUCUUCUUUUCCUCAACUUUGGAUUCUCCUUUCUACUCAACUUAUCACUAUGCAACCUUCUAUGGAUUCAUUUACCUUGUUCUGUUUCACUCUUUGGCAUUUAUGGAAGAGUCGUAAUGCAAUUAUUUUUAGAGAGGAGUACAUAUCUAUAGAAGAUACGGUCUUGCUGGCAUCUAAAGCUUGUUCUGAAUAUAUUUUGGUUUUAUCUUUGGAACCUCAUACAAGCAACAUCUCAUCAUCUACAUUGACAGCUCCUAUUUCCUUUGCUUCUUUACCACAAGAUUGUGUUAAGAUCAAUGUGGAUGCUGCUACAGACAAACAACAUCACUUUGGAGUAGUUGCUGCUAUUGCCAGGAAUUCGACAGGAUUGAUAAUUGGCAAGUUUACUGCUGUUUUUCGAGCUAUAUGGGAUCCAGGUAUUUUGGAAUUUCUGGCUAUGCGUGAGGCUCUUAACUGGGCAAUAUCAAAUCGUUGGCAUUCAGUUCUGCUGGAAGGAGAUGCACUUCAAGUUAUCCAAUCAAUUCAGAAACCGAUGGUGCAAAUUUCAGAGUUUUCAACUUUUUAG